GAAAUCGCACUGAUCCUUUUACUACCGUUUGCACUCGCUAUAGUGUAUCAAUCAUCUUCAAUAGCAAUCUGGAAUACAUAUGACAGACACAACAACGGACGGCAUCUCCGAUGUCUUGACCAACCUCGCCGUGCCCAAGACGAGCGCGACGCUCACCGUGCGGGUGAUAAAGUCCUUCGAGUUUCGCACCGAGAAGUCCCUCGUCUUGCGCGACUAUAACCUGGAGACGGAGACAGUUGGGUCGUUGAAAGAGAGAGUGAUCCAUGAUAUACACACACUCCCUGGCUGGAAACCCUAUCGUACCGCACAACCCGAUACCCUCAAGCUGUAUACCAAAGCCCACGGUGCAAAGACUACUAAUCUCAUCAUCAACCUCGACCACGACGAAUGGCUACUGACAGACGACAGCGUGACUCUCGCCUCCUGCGGUCUCGAGAACGAGAGCGAGGUGUCGUUCUUUAAUCGUGAACUGUAUGAACAAUUCAAAUCACAUCCUGAGACCAAGUGGUAGUUCUCGUUUACACCGCAUGCGCAGCGUGUCCUCCAGGCACCUGUUCGACUGACUCAGACCCUCCCGUUUCCAUUCUCC